CGGACGCUCAGACCGAGGCUACACUUUCUGGCACAGAUGUGUCUCAUAUUCAUUCGCAUAUUCGAGGAUAUCUGGCUUUACACUGAUGUCAAGGGGAUGCAUACGUGAGUUUACAAUACGAACGUAGGGAGCCAGGUGACUCAUCUCGUGCACUUAAAACAGCAAAAGCCAUCGGAAAAGAGUCUUGGAGAGACUGCGUCCCGACAGCGUGGGUAUAGUCUUAUUCGAGGGAAAUAUAUUUUGUAUUAGGAUUUAAAGUUCCACUUUCCAUUUAUCGAGGUGAAGCAUUGGGAGUAAAUUGGUUCACACUCGGUGAAUUGCUCAAACAGAUUUAGCUGAAUACUGACAUGGUCAGAGAAGAUUUAUGACAGGAGAGAGCGAUACUGUAUCUCUUCGCUGGCAAACGACUACUUGUACCCCACAACUGUGCCACGAGACACACAAGGAGCCUUUGAUAGCCACUGGAGCGGACCCAGUGCAUAUCAAGCAGCGCCCUGCAGUAAGAGAGUAAUUGGGGCGAUAUACCCGUGACAAAGAACAUAAUUUAGGGAGGACAAAUUAUGACACUUUUGUUCUUUAACGAAGAAGGGUUAGUAGCAACAGUCACCAUUAUCACCAAACAGAUGUGAAGGGAAUGUGCCGCGGGUGCGCACUAGCCAGAACUACAGAGCCCGCAUGAUCAUCGAUUCGCGCUUUGAUUUUGUGCUGCGUUCGUGAAAAAAGAAGAGAAGGGAACCGGGGUAAAACAUAAUCAAAAAGGAGAUUUUUCGAUUCCAAGCAUGGCGACCAGGAUAUUAUACUUGUUCGUUUGGUCUGCGGCAUUUCUUGCUGAGCUGCAGUGCGCCUCGCAAAUGACCACCGCAGGACUUGCAUUCCCCACUGCGGGGCUUGGCAACAGCAGCAGCAGCGGGGAUGCUAGAAGCAAAAAAGACUCCAACCAGACCUACAACUCCCGACUCAAGAGGAAAAACCUGGCCAUGGAUUUUGCAGUGCCCUCUCUGUUGCGCUACUACAUUACCGAGUUAAUUAAACGUCCACUUAACGGAGAUUGUCUGACUUUUAGUGGGUGCUAUACGGUGCGCGCUAAUUUAAGGAUGCACUGCAUUCCCUUACAAAAAACGGUGGCUACUUUUGUUGACCCAAAGUUGGUUGCAAUCGAUAGCAUGGCGGCAGAGAAUUCAACCAGUGCUGGUGGACAGCUUCCGCAACCAGUGCUGGUGGACGGCUACAAGAGGCCGCUGUCCAAAGUUCUGAAUUUGGGUUUGACGAAAGCCAGCCGUAAAUCGAAUCAAGUCGUGGUGGAAAUUGGGGAGGACUUGGUUAAAACGGGAUGCGGUGGACUGGCAGUCUACGAGGAAGACCCGGUAUUUUUCCUGGAAAUUGACCUAACAAAUAUUUUGGAAUGGUGGUUCGGCGCCGAAGGGGGCCGGCUAAGAGUCAGGCUUAUGCCAGAAAAGAAAGCACAGGUUCCCGGGAGAGAGGACAAGUACACCGCGGCGAUACGAGCAGCAGACCCCCGCCUCUUUUUUCAUAUAGCCUCCGGAGGUGAGUUGCUGGUGGGUCGAGCCGGACUGGGUGUCCCACGAGGUUACUGGAACUUCUCCUGGCUGGCCGAGGAUGAGCUAAACUCCCCCAAGGCCGUAGCGCCAACGUCAGAUACGGGGUGCCCCGGCAACAGGAAGUCAUGUGACCACCUGCAGCCUGAGGAUAACCCGGAUUUCACAUGGAGCGUGGUGGCGGCAGAGAACCCCUGGGAAGAGGGGAACGGGAGGAGGGAGAAGAAAGGAGGAAGUACACAGGGCUGGGAGGAAGGUCAGUUCCUGUGGGUGAAUGGCUCUGCCUUGGCAGGUCCAUGGGUCCUGAGCCCCUGGCUGUGGGGAGGUUGGGACCCCUGUGGGAUGGACAUGGCCGUGUUCCUGCACCCCCUGCAGAGCGGACGCUACACAGUGUGGCUCAUUGAGAGGGACAAAAAUCCGCUAGCCCUCUUGUCCACUGACAUGCUGCCGCCCAUCACAGGCUGGGCAGUGGUCCACCUCACCCUGGGGUCCCGUGGAAUGGCGACCUUCAGGAUCCAAGCCAGCUAUGACCGGCCGAGCGAACAGGAUGCCACCGCCACGAUCAAACCGGGCUUCACCACCAACUGCACCAUGGAUCUCUCCCCUUUCCACAACAUCCCCCUCCAGGGCCAGUACCAUUGUCACCAUGGCCCGGGGGUCCCUCUGGGACAGUUGUGUGACUUCACGAUGGACUGCCCACUCGGCGACGACGAAGGGGACAUGUGCAGUCAGUUUCUCAUUGGCAGCUAUUGCUCCUUCGAGGAUGGUGAGUGCGGUUGGCAGCCAACAGCGGCCAAGGGAUCCUCCUGGAGGCGUGUCCACACCCCGCCAAAGGGGGUGCGGCCCAGCUGUUCAUCAUCCUCAGGUGCCAUGUUCAGUGUGGAUGGAGGGCAGUCCAAGGAUCAUCAGGUGUCAACGUUGCUCAGGAGCCCUCUCUUCCCCCCUCCCCUACGGAACUCUCGAUGUGAGGUACGGUUCUUGAUGUGUUCUGGAGGUGGCCAGAGAGGGGCACUGUCUUUGUGGCUGGUGGAAAACAGCACACGACCAGAGGAGCAGCGCAGACUGUGGUACUCUGCCAACGAGCCCAAGACCAAGAAAGGCUGGAGACGCAUUAUCGUUCCUCUCUACGGACUUGUUGACUGGUUCUGGCUCCAGUUCAGUACUGACAAUGGAUCAGGUCCAGGAUCAGCGAUUUGUCUGGAUAACAUCUCCUUCAGUAUGGACUGCUUCCUGGCCUCCAAUGGUGAAUUUCCUCCAACGGUAACCGGCACCACUAAACUGCCAUUGAAACCAACCAAUCAGAACAUUAAAACAACCACCCCGUCCAAUGGGAACUCAAGAACAUUGUCAGACCUUCCUACUCCAACUGACUCAACGAAAUGGGCCUUUCACACUUGUGGGGCAGUUGGUUCAGAGGGGCCCACCCCAACCCAGUGUUCCAGCUCCUAUCGGAACAGCAAUGUCAAUGUUAAUGUGGCAACCAGAAGCCCAUUCAAAGGCAUCCAAAUCUGGAGGGUACCGGAGACUGGCAUCUACAGGAUCACAGCUUGUGGGGCGGCUGGCGGUCGCAGUGUAUUGGCCAUGACCAAGUCACAUGGUGUCCAACUCACAGCGGACUUCCUGCUUCAGAAGGGCGAGUUGCUUUAUUUCCUGGUGGGCCAAAAGGGAGAGGACGCUUGCCCCAAUACCAACGGGACACUGAACAAGAUCUGUGUAGAGCAGACACCAUUGGACAAGAAGACACAGGUCAAAGGAGGCGGGGGCGGAGGAGGAGGAGGAGCCACCUAUGUGUUCAAGGUAAGGAGAAAAGGCUUCAACUGUCAGAUGUGA